AACAUAGUAAUGUAGCGAGUUAGUUAGCCACAUUCUUGCAUGUUCCCAGACAGCCUGAGAUGUCAGCUGAAGAGUGGAGGAGCAGGCCAAAGGAAAAUAUGGAGGCGACUUGUGACUGAUUGUUCCGGCUAUAUAUGACGUUAGCUACAUCUAACACUUUAUACAAGAUUAUUUUGCGUCUUGCUGUAACCCAGAGUAGGGUAAUGCCCAGGCUAUACAUAUUUUCGUCAAAAGAAAGCCAAUACUAUAACAUUACGUUACCGGUAGCGCUAAGCUAACAUGAAAGCGGCCGUAGGUUCAGUAAACUCGGACAGCGAAAAUCAAGUGUCACCGCUUUGAGAGGUUUGCAUUGAGUUUAUGUCUUGUUUAUCGGCAACCCUUAUCAACUGUAAAACUGAAAUAGCGUUGUAGGAGUUUUUUACCAUUUAAUGUAACUCUCAGCGUUACACCACCGGGCAAAACGGCAAUAGUUACAACGUUAGUAAGUUGCAACAAUUAAGGAUUUGUUGUUACCAUUUGUUUGAGUGGAUGAACGCCGAACUGAAGCUAGCGUGGACAGUGUUUCCAAAAAUAAAUUGAAACAUAAUUGUAUUUAAGUGCCUCAUUAAACAGACACGGUUAAAGACACGGCUCGUGUUAAAUUGGCAGGUUUUCGAACUGAGUUUGGUUCUGUGGUCUCAGUCUCAACCUAUCCACGAGAGCAUCACGCGCCACGUUUGAAGAAGCUUAUGAUGACAUGAUGAUGGUGCUGGCCCUCCGUUCACUAUGGCCCAGAACCAGGUGAUCCUGCAGUUUCGCUUUGCCACUUUUGGGGACUCCAUGCUGCAGAAGAUGAACCUCCUACGACACCAGAGACGCUUCUGUGAUGUCACUGUACGCAUCAACCAGCUGGAGGUCCCUGGUCACAAGGUAGUGUUUGCCGCCGGCUCGUCUUUCUUGAGAGACCAGUUCAUCCUUCAGCAGGACUCGAGGGAGGUCCAGAUUUCCAUGAUCCAGGAGGCAGAGGUGGGCCGGCAGCUGCUGUUGUCCUGCUACACAGGUCAGCUGGAGUUUCCUGAGCUGGAGCUGGUGCAUUACCUGACAGUGGCCAGCUUUCUCCAAAUGGGCCACAUUGUGGAGCAGUGCACUCAAGCUCUCAGUAAGUUCAUCAAACCUCAGCCUGCACGCCACCUGGAGGUGGAUGUGGAUAUGAGGAGGGACAAGAGGGAGGAGGGCUUAUCCUCCCAGGCCCAGAGAGAGCAAGAGCGCUCUCAGAUUCGGACUGUCCAUCAGGAGGAGGAGGAGGAGGAGGAGGAGGAGGAGGAGGUGGAACAGGUUGAGGAUGACAACAAUGGCGUCGAUGAUGAUGAUGAUGUAAUCAUACAGCCUAAGUCCCCUCUCCCAAUGUUAGGCAGACGUCCAAGGCAGGGUAUGGUGGAGAGUGACAUCACUAUAGUGAAAGUGGAGUCUGUGUCUGAAGUAGCAGAAAACUCCGUCACUGGUCACUUCCCCACCAGCCCACCUGCUGCCCUCCACUCUCCUGAGCCCCAGCACUCCCUCAUCAACUCCACUGUGGACAGUCGUGGCAGCGAGAUGGCAGUUCCACCUGGUGUGGCCGGAUACCCGCUCAGUCCCCCUCCUCCAUCUCCUCCAGCAGAGAAACACAGUGGGCACCAGAGGAACUACGACAAACCUCUCCAGUGGUACCACCAGUGCCCCAAGUGUGCCCGGGUCUUCCGCCAGCUGGAGAACUACGCCAACCACCUCAAGAUGCACAAGCUGUUUAUGUGCCUCCUGUGCGGCAAGACCUUCACACAGAAGGGCAACCUGCAUCGGCACAUGCGCGUCCACGCCGGCAUCAAGCCCUUCCAGUGUAAAAUCUGCGGUAAGACCUUCACCCAAAAGUGUUCUUUGCUGGAUCACCUAAACCUGCACAGUGGGGACAAGCCACACCGCUGCAACUACUGUGACAUGGUUUUCGCUCACAAGCCAGUUCUCCGCAAGCACCUCAAACAGAUCCACGGGAAGAACAGCUUUGACAACGCAAAUGAAGGCAGCCUGCACGACGGAGGGCUGGACUCUUUUUUAUAAGCUUCGUUGGAGGCCGUCAGUCAUUUAAAUGAGCAUGAUGCAGACUUUCCCUCAUAUGGGACAUUUCUCCAAUGAGUCCACCUAUAUUUUGACACAAUUUAUACGAAGCUGGACAAUAGAGCGUGUUAUUCUUUGUGGGAAAAGCCAACGAUUGCAUUAAUAAAGAUGGGCAGAUGAGUGAACAUGAUGGCUGGUUUCCCAAAGUGUCAGCCUCAUUCUGAUGGGUUUAACUGGGUAACAUUUAGGGCUGAAUGAUUCUGAAAAAAUUGAGAUUAUUUUGACUGAUAUUGCAAUUGCGAUGUGAUUUACAAUAUCGGAGGGAAUGAUCAUUUUUACAUAAUUAUUCUCAUUUUCAUUAACAAACAUAAAUAAAUGAUAAUGGUGUGAUUUUUUUUUUUUUUUUUUUUUUUUUUUUGCAGGGAUAUGUACCAAACAAGGUCCAGCACGACAAUAUUUAAUUUGAAAUGGUAUUUUGACACAUUUUGCCUUUAACAAAUAUUGCACCUCCUGCGAUUUGGAAAUUGCAGAAGGCCAUAUUGCGAUUUCAAUUACUUGUUCAGCCCUAGUUACAUUUCACUGUAGCUUCCUUACUGUGGACUAUUUUAUUUUUCCUACAAUACAUUGGUGAUGCCUUCACAUCGUACUUGAAAAUUCAGCACUGAAACGCAAAACAUAAUGACUGUACUUCAUGAGUUUUAUUGAUGAUGAUUAACAUGUCUUUGUGUCUACAUUGUCCAAUGAAAAUAUCCAUAUGUAUAUCGUGUAUACAGUCUACUGUAGCCUUUCUUUCUUAUCUGUGUGAAUAUGACAACAUUGACUUCAUAACUUAAAGAAACUUGAAAGAGGGAGGGUUGAAAAAUAUAUUAUUUAAGGCAAGCUACACAAGGUAGAUUUAUUUAUCAUUUAUCAACAACACAGGGUUGUAUAACGAGAUGAAGUUGUAGUGCCCUUUAUGCUAUUCACAAAACACCAGUGAGAAAUGGGAUGCCAAAGUGUCUAUGUGAACUGAACUGGUUCUUUUAUACAGACUUUGUAUCCGAGGUACUUUUGGACCAAAGUGACAUUGUAUCUGUCCUGUGUUCAUGGAAGUCAAUGUGUGUUAGAAAAAUAAAAAUUGACUCUUAAUCAA